ACGUCAUGAAUCGAGCAUUUGGUUUUCCGGGACCAAAAUAACACGGCAGGAUUGCACAUAGCUCGCUCAGGGGUUAGACGUUAAAAACAGGAUAGAAAUCAGUCAAAUGUUUCACCGCAGCUGCAGCAAGUAAUGGAUGUUAGAAAACAUUGGAUUUAUGUUGUACUGCAAAGAUGAAAACUUUACACAUUACUGAAUUUAUGCCACUUCCGGUAUCACCAGUUCGCAAAUUAGCGCUGUGCAUUCUCGAGCCACGAGGAUUCGAUUCACCAUAUAACAAACAAACACAGUAAGGAACUUUACAAUAAAUUAGUAAUUGUCUCUCACUAUAGGGUAUGGAGGUCAGCGUAGGUUUAGUUUAGUUAGACUUGCUUGCCGCACUUGUGGCUACAUAAUGACAUUCGAGCUGCCUUGCUCGUUUGAACAGUGUGAAUCACAUAAUUCGUGCCCAUAGCGGUUUGAGUUCUUCUGAGUUCUAAUGUUACCAAUUUAAAACCGUAGAUUGAAACCAUUGUGUCCUGCCUAAAGUUUAAAUUAUUGUUAUGCGCUGCAAUGCACCUCCAGGAUUUACGAUUAAAGAACGAGACUAGUAGGGGUGUGAGGAGGAAUGCGGUCCGAGGUCAGGAUCAUUCUCUGUGGGGGUACCGGGGUUGGGAAGAGUGCCGUUGGCAACAAAAUUCUGGGCAGCAAGCAGUUUGUCUGUGGAACAAGACCUCAUCCAAUCACGCGAGUGUGUGACACAGGCACGACUGUAAUCCGCGGGAGGAAAAUCACUGUCGUUGAUACACCGAGCACCGAGGAACCUGAGCUGGAAGCUGAAUUUCAGCGUUGUGUCAACUUUUCGGAGUCACCACCAGCCGAUAUCUUUCUUCUCGUCACCCCUCUGGGCUGUGGUGGAGGCAAACCCUUGAGAGUGCUGAAUACUCUACAGACAGUCUUCUCCGGACGCGAUGAUGUUGAUGAUUUUACCAUAGUGUUGUUUACAGGAGGAGAUCGGCUCGAAGAGCUUAGUCAAAAGCAUGAGGGGGACGAUGAAUUAAAAACAUUGUUAGGACGCUGUGGCAACAGGCAGCACACAUUCAACAACGAAGUCGACGAUCAGGCGGAAGUACGGCAGCUUCUGGUCACAAUCAACAGGUUGCUACAAAAGAGGAGAAACGGCCACGUAAAGGAUGAAGCGAACAACGCGAAUUCGAAGAAAAGGAGUGUUGAAGAGGCAGAAGAGGAGGAAGACAUCUGGAACUGGCCAGAAUACAAGGCGCAGCUUCCAGUUACGUGUGGGAAUAGGAGGGGUGUGCUUCACAGGGAUAAGAUGGCUAAAGGAGAGAAGUGCAUUGAAGUCCAGGGCAGCUGGUUUACGCCGACCAAAUUUGAGGUGUUUGCUGGGAAGGGAACCAACAAGAAGUGGAAGCAAAGCAUCCGUUGCCGAGACGUCCCCCUGGCACAACUCAUUCUGGAUGGCCAUUUGUCAUGGUCUUCCUUCCUCAAAAAAGAAGGCCUAAAUGGAGAACAGGACGAGUUUCCUAUGUGGGCCCCUGAUGGCUCCCUUAUCGAAUCCGAUGAUUUCCAGCUUAUACUUGGAGUGGAAGGAGAACUCCAAGACGGAAUACCGAAAGAGAAGCCGCUGGGUGAAAAUGCCACCAUAGAUGACAUCAAAAUGCCCGCACCCCAGGAAGCUUCGCUUACUGCCACGUGUAGAAAGGUGGAAAGAACUGCCCAGAAGAAUCACUCACCUACGUCGUCAGGCAAAAAGGAGGAUGCGAGUCACAGAAACAAAGGCAGAACGUCUUCACUGAAGCAGGAUGCAUUCAAUGAAACGGGCACUAAGGAAAGCUUAGACAUGGCCGCCUUUCAGGACAGUCAGUUGCCUGUCACCUGUGGCGCUAUGAAAGGAAUUCUCCAGAAGAAUCGUUUUUCCUCAGGGUCAACGGGCAAAUGCAUAAGGACGGUGGGUUGCUGGUUGACCCCCGAGAAGUUUGUGCAAGAGGGAGCCGGCCUCAAGAGCAGGAAAUGGAGACGGGACAUCCAGUGCCACGGCAAACCCCUCGCCAUCCUUAUUGAGAAGGGAAUCCUGAAUCUUCAUUCUCUGUUCUGUGAGUGUGAAGUUUGCAAGUCUGAAGACCCUGCAGACCAGAACAACGACGACCACUGCUUCAUCUGCGGUCAGGAUACAGAGUUGGUGUGCUGUGAUGGCUGUCCUCGUUCCUUCCACCACGAUUGUCACCUACCCCCACUGAGUCAGAAGAACCUCGGAGACCGGUGGAUGUGCACCUUCUGUAUAGUAGAGAAGUCCCAAGAACUCUGCCAUCGCACGAGGACUCUGGAGGAAGCCCUGGGCAGCGCCAUCUUGCCCAACAUGCUGCUGUGCCAGUAUCUGCUGCUGUAUCUGCUGAAAGAAGACGAGCAGCUUGUUUUCAUGCAGGACCCUUGUCUCACUUUGGACCACUAUGCAGCGGUCAUCAGUAAGCCCAUGUGGCUAGACAAGAUCAUCAAGAAGCUGCGGAGCGAGUACACCACAGUGGGACAGUUUGUCGCUGACGUGCAGCUCAUCUUCGACAACUGCACCACAUUCAAUAAGAAUAAUGAGUAUGGGAAAAUGGGCGCCAGACUGAAGGACUUGUUUGAGAAGAAGUUCAGAAAUGUCUUCAGCAUUCAAUAGCGGCGCUCCUCACUCCUGAGCUCCUGACAGGGUGGCAUCGUUGGCAGGGUGGCAUCGUUGGCAGGGUGGCCUCGUUGGCAGGGUGGCCUCGUUGGCAGGGUGGCCUCGUUGGCAGGGUGGCCUCGUUGGCAGGGUGGCCCCGUUGGCAGGGUGGCCCCGUUGGCACUAGAGGGAUGCAGAGGUGGUUACUCCUCAACAUCUGACCUUCAAUCAAUCAAUCAAUCAAUUCAAUCUUAUAUAGCGCUUCUCUAUUUACCCGAAGUCGCUUUACAGAGUCCAGAGUCCAGUAGUCAUUCAUACACAGUCAUACCGGUGGUGGUAAGCUACCUCAGUAGCCACAGCUGCCCUGGGGCAGACUGACAGAAGCGUGGCUGCCAAUCAGCGCCAACCUUGCGCCAUUCUCCAUGCCAACAUAAACUGCACUGAAGUUUCUGUUUGCUACAAAGGUACACAUAGCUACAUUCGGUGACUCAGCUAUGAGAAACAAAGGGACACUGGGCACGAAGCCCUUGGCUGUGUGUGUGUGUGUGUGUGUGUGUGUGUGUGUGUGUGUGUGUGUGUGUGUGUGUGUGUGUGUGUGU